CCUUCCUUCCUUGGCUUUGCACUGCUGCUUCUGCUGCUUCUUCUUCCUCUUCUCGUUGCUCUGGCUGCAGCACUUGGACACCACUACGGACGGCGAGGACCAUGCUGUGUCAUCAGCGUGGUCGUCACUUGCUCCAUCCUCACUCACUCGCUGCCCUGGUUGCGGGAAUUGCAAGGCACCGCGUUUGUACGGCGCUGCUACUACUCCAUGAAGUGGAAUGGGCUGGAAUGGAAUGGGGGAGCAGCGAAUGAUACCCGCUGCUGCUGCUAUAGCACCUGUGCCCACCUACCCACCCACCCACCGACCUGGAUAGAUGGGGAAGGAAAAGGGGUGGGGAGAGAACGAGCGAAAGAGAGAGAGAGAGAUCGAGCGAGUGGCACACUACCACACUGCCACUCCGGCUGCUUGCCUGCCUGGCUUCAUGUGGCUGUGGCUGGAUGAUCCCAGUUCUCCGUUUUCCCAUUCCAUCCAAAGGAGGGGGGGUCUCGACGACGGGGCAUCUCGUCAGGAGUCGCCCAGACAGAGUUCUGGGAUCGUGUUGUGUCAAAUCGCCAGCAUUCAGUGUCUUGGCGACAGUUGCACCUGAGCAUGGUCUGUCGCGUUUCUCGCCUUGUGAUGAGUCUGCUUCGGGCUGAGCAUCUUUCUUUCUUUCUUCCUUCCUUUCUUUUCAAAUUUUCUGUCUGUUUGGGUAUAUAUCCUCCUGUCUUCCUGCCUCUGUUUGAAUCCUUCAGGCUGCAUAUCCUACCUUCUGCAAGUCGGUCACCUACAUGAUCUGUUCAAUUCAGGGGGAUCUUCCAUGCCGCUGUACCAAAAUAUAUGACACGCUCAUAAAGUCUUGGAGGGUGUUUCUUUGAGAUGAACGACUCGCACACAAGAUCGAGCAGUAUUCAGCUUAACAGCUCGAGACGAGUCAUUGCUGUCGAAGAGUACGUGAUUCAUCCAUAUCCGAGGGAACAACUACUCAUAGUCACCUGUAGAGGUCAGGUCGCUCGCAGAAUUCUGCCCCUUGAAGAUGCUUUCGCGAAUGUUUCUACUCGCAGCUCCACGAGUGCCCCUAGUGGGCUGCAACCCAAUCGAUUUAACGCUGUUUUCUGCGCUGGCCCAGUCACACGUCUUGCUACAAACCUUCCCGGCAGUAAGUCAUGCUUGAGCGUGUGCCCAGCAUGCAAAGACCCGCUAAGCCAAUGACUUCAUUGAAACCAAUCAUGUAAAUAUCAUACUGGGAUUUAACAAGGUCAUGAGAUUCUAGAUGGCAGACGUGGUAGUCCCAGAAUAAACAAUCUACUCGGCAGCGAACCGAAGAGGGGCACAAGAACUUAGAGGCCCAUUGUGAAUUGAACUAAUUAUAGAAUGCCCACUUCAAUCACGCUGACAAUCGAGCAUAGUUAGCCCUGACCUUGUUCCCAACAUUGAGGUGAAUAUUCAACUUCAAACACGUGACACAUUGAACAGCCGAGUCACAAGUCACUUUCGAGUUCAAUUAAACCUCGUGUGUAGCUUUUUUUGUCCGGUGGAGGAGCUUCAUCGAAUAUGCCUGCGACGACCACUGAACACGAGGAAGAGAAUCCUCUUUUCUGGCCUGUUCAAGUCGGCAAUAUGACUGUGAACCACAGGGUGGUCUUGGCACCAAUGACUAGGUGCCGUGCCAUUGGAGGCGUCCCGCAGGAAUCCCUUGUGAAGCAUUACGCUCAGAGGGCUUCACUUGGUGGCCUUCUCAUCUCUGAGGCCAAUGCUGUUUCCCCCGAAGCCUAUGGGUUCAGUCACUCGCCCGGUAUCUUCAUGACGGAGCAGGUGAGGGCAUGGAAAAAGGUUACGGGUGCGGUGCAUGCCAAGGGAGCUUACAUCUUUUGUCGGAUCUGGCAUGUUGGUCGGGCUUCCCAUUACAUUCAUCAACCCAAUUGGCAAAAGCCGUUAUCAUCUACGGGCAAAGCCAUUCAACCCCCCUUCCUGGUGAGGCUGAGCGAAGGCGAGAUGGCACGUUUUUCGGAUCCGCGAGCUCUAGCAGCCCAUGAGAUCCCGCUCAUCGUGCAGCAAUUCCAACACGCCGCCAAAAACGGUAUUGCCGCAGGCUUCGACGGCGUAGAAUUACACGCGGCACACGGCUACCUGGUGGACCAAUUCUUGAAAGACGGAAUUAAUGAUCGAACUGACGAGUACGGGAGCUCGGUAGAGAACCGAUGUCAAUUUUUGUUGGAAUUCGUGGCAGCAAUUGUUGAAAACGUCAUUAUUAUUAAUAUGAUCAAUUGAUACACAAUAUAUAUAUUGUGUGUACACACUGUGUACCACUGUGACACCAAGGUCAAUAUAGAGUACAUAGUAUUCUACACAGGAGACUAGUGUACUAUAUAAUAUAAUUCUCCCGAUACUCCCACUAGUACACUAAUCUUCAUCCUCAAAUUGGAUUUCAUCUAUUACGGAAGUUCAUCCAUUAUGAGAAAUAUGUAUGAGAAAUAUAGGAUUUCAAUCUCUUUUUCGGGUGUUGCAUUGAUGUAGAGCUCUCUCGCAGCUCUCCCAUUGCUUCUUCAAAUCUGAGAAGGUAUGUGUUUCUUUGA